AUGUCAAGCCGGUUCAGUGAGACUUUCUCCUUGAUGCCAUGGAGGUCCAGCUCCCACCCACUGUUGCGCGAAGUGCUGGAGCUGGAGUUUGGCGUCUCGGACAUGGAGUUGGAGGCGGAGGCUGGGAGCGUCUGCUUGUCACUGCAGGAGGAGCAGACCAGCAGGAUCCGGAGCCUGAUGGCCACGGAGCAGAGCCCGCUGCUGGAAGCCAUCUGCCACUGCCUGGAGGAGCAUGGCCAGCCCUCUGGGAGCGAGCUGCUGCCCAGCUUUGAGGACAGCGCCAUCCAGAACCUUGCGAAGAUCCUGUGCCUGGACCCCCAGCAAGCAAAGGAGAAGGUGUUCCUGCUCAGCUUGUACGGGCUAAUGUUGCGGGAGUGUGGCGAUGCAGCGCUGGUGAAGCGGUACCUGACCCGCCUCCUGGAUCUGUCACAUCAGAGCUGCAGCCAGCGGGAGGGCAUUGCGUUUGCUGUGGGCCUGGCGUCUGCCUCGCACCUGGAGGUGGUGUGGGCCAUGCUGGAGCACCUGGGCCGCACCCGUUUCCUGAGGUCGGCCCUCAGGGACACCCAGGAUGAGACCCUGAGGUCCAGCUUCCUGUCGGCAGCCUCCAUGCUCACGAAAACCCUCCAGCAGGAGUACAACACGCAGAGUUACAGGUUCACGCAGAUCCCAGAGCUCGUCCAGUGCCUGUUGUGCAUCCUGCAGAAGGAGCCCAACUUCCUGGCUUCCCCCUUCCGGCCAAAGAUCAUCCUGGUCGUGGUGGGGCUGAGCAAGCUGCGGCCACACCUAAAGCCGUUGGUGAAGGACAGGGUCCUGCAGGUCUGCUUCAGCAGCGUCUUCAUGCUCCCACCCGUGCCCACAGAGACGCCGGAGGGCUGCCCUGCUCUGAUGCAGCUGGAUCCCAACGCCACGGAGACCCUGCUCCUGAAGGAGGGCAAGGUGGGGGAGCAGCGUGCAGCCUUGCUAUGGGGCCACAGUGAGGCGCUGUUCAAGGAGACCAUGUGCGCCCUCAACCUGCUGCUGCGUACCUUCAUCACCCAGAACAGCAGCAUGGAUGAGGUCUGCUUCCUCCUGCAGCACACAGAGCCCUGGCUGAUGUCUGACAAGAUCCACGAGCGCCAGCGAGCAGUGCAGUCCAUCCUCCUGUUCCUGCAGUACCUGGUGGACACUGUCAAGUUCACUGAGGAGGCCACGCCCUCGGCACUGGGCCACCAGAUCGGCCUGCUGACCCUGUUGUGGCGGGAUGAGGACAGGACGACCUGCAGGUGCUCCCACCAGUGUGUCUCCCUGCUGCUGCAGCUCACAGUCCAGCAGAAAGGGAAGACACAGGAAGCCAUCUACCCAAAUAAGCUGAAGCAAAGUGAGUUCUGGUCUCCUAGAGACUGGGAGGCGAAGCUCUACAGCAUGGCCAAAGCCUUCGAGCAGGACCUCACGGUGGCACAGCACACACAGCUGGUCCUGACCCUCCUGCACAGCCUCUGCAGCCAUAACCACCUGCGCUGUGACCUGGCCUCCAAGCUCCUCCUCAUGAUGUUUGAGGAGGCGGGGCUCAAGGUGGAGCAGGUGGCGGAAGUCCUGCACAGCCUGUUCCAGAAGCUACCAGACAUCCCCCUGCAGGACGUCCAGCAGACCAUUCUGAAGGCCAUGACCACCCUGGGCAGCCAGCACCCCCAGGAGACAGUGGAGGUGGUGCUGUCCCUGUGCCAUCCCUCAGAGAGGAGGACCCUGCCCCUGUGGAAGGCCCUGGCCGCAGACUGCCGGCUGGCCCGCAGAGUCAUCACUCUGCUGUAUGUGAAGCUUAGACUGAGGCCACCCCGGGACGUGACCCGCUCAAGCUGCCAGACCCAGCUCAUCUCCCUGCUGGCCCUGGGCACCAUCUACGAGCUGCUAUACACCCAGGAGUUCAGGUCGGCAAUCCGCUGGGCCUUUGCCGGCAUGCUCCUGGGCCUGCUCACUCAGCUCCACUAUCUGUUUGAGCUAGGUGUGGUGGAGGGCAUGGCCGACUACCAGGAAGACAUGCUGGACAGCAAGCCCCUCGGGCCCUGCAGGACCUGCCUGGAGGCCCUCAAGGGGCUCUUCUGGACAAGCAACUACUGGGAGGUCUUCGCCUCCAUCCAGCUGCUGAGGGGCUGGGAGCUCCUGGAGCAGCUGGACACCUAUGCAGAUGGGGUGAUCCUGCUGGCCAGGGCCAUGGUACAGCAUGACUGUGAGGUGAAGGCCGUCUUGGGCCAGGCUGUCAUCUCCCUGAAGAGUAUGGAGGAGCGAGACAACGUGGUAGCCAUCCUGCUCCUCACAGAGUUCCUCCACAGCCCUGAGGUCUUCCAGUAUGCGUCUCGGAAGAAGCUGGACAACCUUCUGAGCCAGGGCCUGGGCAACUGCAACCAGCUGGUGCGGGCUAUGAGCCUCAAGGGCCUCAGCAGCGUCGCCAUGCACCCUAAGAAGGUGUCCUUGCUGAGGAACCGUAUGGCGGGGCUGCUGGAAAGCUUCCUGCAGCCAGACAGCAAGGACCUCACGGGGCUGAUGGCAGUCCUACACGACAUCCUGCAGUGUCUGGGCUUGCAAGGUGUUGUCUCCGUCAGCCUCAAGCUCGCCCAGCACCUGCUGUCCUUGUUCGAGAACGAGCAGGAGGAGGUGCGUGGUGGUGCCAUCUUACUGUUCGGAGAUGUCAUGGCAAGCUGCAGCCGGAAGACCCGGCAGGCGUUCAAGAGCCUCGCCUUCCAGGCCGUGGUGCCCCUGCUCUUGCACCUGGUGGACCCCUGCCCCCAAGUGGCCUUGAAGUGCAAGUCCACGUUCCUGCGCUGUGCCGUCCUGCUCAAGUGGGAGUUCCGGAAGGAGCUGUUUGGCAAGCUGGCGUGGGGUCACGGGCUGGGUGCCGAAAACGAUGUCUUUGUAUAUGUGGUGGAAAGCAACUUUGGCAAGUACCACCAGUUCCUCCUGCAGGCCCUGACCUACCUGGGGAGCCCACACAGGCCCUUAAAGCUGGCCGCCAUGAAGUUCAUCGGUGCCCUGCUGCAGGACUACCUCACAGAGCUCUGCUUCUAUCUGAGGAAGGGCGACCUGUCACUCGUCAAGAAAUGCUUCGAGCCCCUGAGGGAGGACAGAGACUUGGCGUGCCGCAGGUUCUACCGGAAUUUCCUGGAGGACGUCACGGAGCUGGCCCGCAACGUGCCCUGA